CUUGAAGAGGCGCUCGACGUGGGCUUGCCAUCAUUCAACGAUUUUCUCCAUUGCCUAUGCCAAAAAAACCUCAAGUUCAAUCCCUAUGCCCUUGUUCCAGAAGCUAUUGAUAUAUUAACAGAGAUGAGGUCCUGUGCUGUUCGGGCUGUUUCUAGCUUCAGCAUAUUACUUUCAUGUUUAGGCCGAAUAAGAAGAGUGAAACAAAGAGGAUGCUCCCCUGACUUGGUUAGCUACUAUCUUGUGGUUAGGGUCCUGUAUAUAGCAUUAGCAAGGAGAGGGAAAUGGCUUGUAGAAGUAGAUGCUAUGCUUGAAAGGGGAGUGCUUCCGACUGUCAAGUUUUUCCAUCGUCUUAUAGGCGUCGUUUGUGGAACAGAAGGAGUUGAGCAUGCUCUUGAUAUCUUCAAACUUAUGAAGAGGUGUGAAUUAGUGUAUGCUCGUAGUGGCCUGCUUAUAGAAAAUAUUUGUAGGAUUGGUAGAUUUUAAAUUGGAAGAGAACUGUGGGAUGAGGCUACAAAGAGUGGUCUUGUAUUAGGAUGCUAACAAGAUCUGCUGGAUCCCUUGAAGACAGAGGUAUUCAGAUCAAUUUGUUCAGUACAAAGAUUAAGCCCUCAGAACUAUAAGCGCUUAGCCCAAAAAAGAAGGUUAAUGUUGUUUGAGCCAAAAAGAAAACUGCUAGCGCAGCCUCGAGAACUAAGUUGGGAGUGUAGGUACUAUUGAAUUUGUUAACUUGCACAAAUCUUUUCAAUGCUCUUGUAAUUUUGUAAGGAUGGCCUGUGGCCUGUGCUAGUUCAAAUGGUAAAACCAUCCCAGGACUAGUAGCUAUGGUAAAAGGCAUGGAACCUGUAGUCUAGCAUUUUUUGGUAGUUUUUUGAAAUGGCUCUCCUAAAACACUAGUUUGAAACGACUGGUAAUCUGGCAGAACAUCUGGUUCUCAUGAUUUCAGUUUGUCUAUUACAUUUGUUCCCUUUAUAAUGUCUGUUUUGCAUUCUUUUAUUUUUAUUUCUUUACUUCAUCCA